AUGGGGUUCUGGAUUCCAGGAAUUGUCAACGCCAAGAAAAGUCUAAACCAUUCAGCUUCUUCAAAGACCUUAGAGAUCCCAAAAGGCCAUUUUGAAGUGUAUGUUGGGAAGAACCAGAAGAAGAGAUUUGUAAUUCCAGUAUCAUACUUGAAUGAGCCUUUAUUCCUGGAUUUGCUUAAUCAAGCUGAAGAAGAAUUUGGAUACGGUCAUCCCAUGGGUUGUAUCACAAUACCCUGCAGUGAAGACAGCUUUGUUCAUCUGACUUCCUGCUUAAGUGAAAAAUGGGAGGAUAUAGGGUUAUCUUCUACCAGAUCUGUUAUAUGCCAUAUGGCAGCAGAUUUUCCAUGCUAG